AUGACUGCAAUCUUCAUGAAAGAUGCAAAAGCCCUUGGCAUCACUCAAAGCGCAGUCUCCGAUCAGAUAUUCCCUCGAAUCGCAAAUGCAAACUUAGCAAAGGUGGCAUGGGAUCUGUUAUAUGGUGAAUAUCAUGGUGGGGAUCAGAUUAGUUCAGAAGGUGUUAAUAGUCUCACUAAGAUGUAUGAUCCUAUAUGUUUAGUGAUAGAAAACACCAAAUGUCUGGAAUCUGUUGAGCUACAAGAGGUACUAGCUAUAUUAAAGAGUCAAGAGCAGAGGUUUGAUUUGCAUUCCUCUGAUGCAACUGAGAGAGAAUUUUCUUCUCUUACUGUUAAUUCAAAAGGACAAAAUCGAGGGUAUGCUCAGUCUAGUACGUUUAAGCCACAAAAAAUUUAUAAUCAGAAAGGUAAGAAGUGGGAUUCAAAACCCAAGUUUCAGCAAAAGCCAAUUCUUAAUGCUGCACAGAAUAGUAUUUCUCCUCAAAUCAUGGAUCAAGAGGGUACAAAACCUCAGUGCAAGGUGUGCUCUAAAUUUCAUUAUGGUGAAUGUAGGCACAAGGGGAAAUCUAAGUGUUAUAACUGUGAUAGAUUUGGACACUGGGCCAAAGAAUGUACUGUUGGAAAAGCUGUUCAGAAAGCAAACUAUGCAAAUCAAAGGGAAGUGACUGGAAACUUACUUUAUGCAAAUUGUGUUGUUGCUGAAUCAAAGGUUAAUGGGGAAUGGUAUAUUGCCAGUGGCUGCAGCAACCAUAUGACAUGGAAUGUUGAUCUUCUUGUUGAUGUGAAGACUAAUGUUGCAAGGAAAGUUCAAAUGCCACCAGGAGUGUUAGUGAAUGUGGCAGAAAUGGGAUCCCUGGCAAUUGAAACUAACAGAGGGAGGAAAUACAUCAGAGAAGUCAUGUACUUACCUGGUUUAAAGGAUAAUCUACUAAGUGUGGGACAAAUGGAUGAGCACGGAUACUAUCUUGUGUUUGGUGGAAGUAUAUGUACUGUUUUUGAUGGCCCUUAUCUGGAAUGUCAAAUUAUCAGUGUGAAAAUUAAAGGAAACAGAUGCUAUCCUUUAUCUCUAAGGGCUGAAAAUCAACUUGUGUUGAAGACUAGUUUUGCUCAUUGUACUUAG